UCGAAUAUUGCAGUGUGAUUGGUUAGAGUAGUUUGGCUUUUGAAGCGUCUACAUUUCACGUUUGUGUGAGGCGGGUGGUGGUGGUGUGCUGUCUGUAGUGAGUGUCCGCCGCCCGCCUGGCAUCUUUUCUGCUGUAGUUAGUGAGAUUGAUAACAUGGAUCUUAUCAAGGAUGGUUGGUUCACUGAAAAGUGUGCCCUCUGGCCAGGACAGGCAAUGUCUCUUCAGGUGGAAGAGGUGUUGUAUCAUAAACGUUCCCGGUUUCAGGACGUGCUGGUGUUCCGGAGCAAGACCUAUGGAAAUGUACUGGUGCUUGACGGUGUGAUUCAGUGCACAGAAAGAGAUGAGUUCUCCUACCAAGAAAUGAUCGCUAAUCUACCUCUCUGCAGCCAUCCAAACCCAAAAAAGGUGUUGAUUAUAGGCGGCGGUGAUGGUGGAGUGUUGAGAGAGGUGGUUAAACAUCCUUCUGUUGAAUCUGUGGUCCAAUGUGAAAUCGAUGAGAACACAAGCUUUUCAGAUCCUGUGCAGAAGUUAACUCCAGAAAAGGUUGACGAGAUGCAUUUAAAAUAUUAUAAUUCUGAAGUUCAUCGUGCUGCUUUUGUCUUGCCAGAAUUCUCAAGAAAGGUCUUAUGUGACGCAUAAUGGGAUUUUGCUAUCCUGCAAUUCCUGCCAUUGCCUUCAGUAAUGAAACGAAUGGAAUAUGACCGACCUUCCAGAACACUCAGCUGAUUUCAUACUAACCUUAAGUUUAAUUAUUUCUGUUUUUAUCACUGGGUUGGAAUGUUUUUCAGGAUGGUCAAAGCCCAAGUGUGCAAAAGAAACUGUGUAAGGUUAUUUUAGGUGGUUUGAAAUAUCAUAAAAAACACAAGAAGCAAGAAGUUGUUUGGAAGAUCAUACAUACAAAAAUGUCAGAAGGAUCUUGGGCUAUUCACAAGUAACUGACUUACAGUAAGCACUGUUCUCCUUUGGUUUCAGUCAGCUCUGUUUCCAGAACCCUUUGAAUUUAGAGGAAGAUUUAAAUGUGGCAACAUGUUUUGAAUUGUUAGUAGGAUAUUCUGUGUAUUCACUUUUUCCUGUAAAUGGUCAUAGUUUUUUCUAUUUUAUCACACGUCAGAAAUGUUAACAGGAACAGCACGACUCUGCAGAAAACCUAAUCAAAUACUCCUGGCUGUUUACCUCCUUUUUAAGGACCCAAGCUCAAAUUUGUUAUAGCGUCAUAUCUGAGUGUACUUGGAAGCAGCAAUAUUUGGGCAAUUUCCUUUUUCUACUUGCUGGCUUUAAAAAAAAAAUCAUUCCUCUGAGAAGUGCCAUUAUUGUUGUAGGCUUUUAUUUCUAUUAGGAGACGCAUGUUGUAAAAUACCUUUUCUUUCACAUUGCACUGAACUUGACAAGACUGAGGAUGAACCAUUAAAAAGUGGUGUAACAUUUGGGUUUUGCCACCGUAACAUCAUAUGCAUUGCAGAAAUGCUGACCGUAAAAUGUCAGAGUAUAUUUUGUGUAUGAGCUUAAAUGCUAUCUACUAAAUGCUGUCGCCCUGAGGAGUCUGCUGUCAUGGAACAAACAGAGCUAAAGAGUUUGUAGUCUUAUUUUAUCUAGUCUUAAUUCUGUGUUUUUUAUGUCAGACAUCUGUGUGUGACAGGUUUAUAAGGAAUCCAGGUGAACGUUUCCAAACAGCACACCUACCAAAUGAGCAUAUUGCAUCACCCAUAUUCACGGUUUGGAGUCUCUUGACUUGCCCCUUAAGUUCUACACUGUUUGACCUGUCAAGUCUUGGGUCUGAUCAGGAAUAUUCAAAUUAUGGGCAUUUUUUGGAGCAAGCAUAUCGCCCAGUGACAGAACCACAUGGAAGAAUGGACUUUAGACUGCUGUGUUUUUGCAGUUCUGUAAAUGUACAAUUGUUUUAUUUGGUUAACCUUUAGAAAAUGUCACGCAUAACAGAAUUUUAAAAAGGUCUUUUCUUUUAAUCAGUGGCAUGUCACUAGUCCGCUUUAGGCCAACAUUUUUUUCUGUGUGAUCUAUAGUGCAGAUUUGUGCACACAGAAUAGAGUGCAUCAGAAGUGGUGAGAGAUGUAUAACUAUCCUGUAAAGCUAUGUUCUUAAGUAGAAUAAAUGGCAUAUUUAUAUUUA